AUGCUUCAACCGCGGUUACUACUAUGGGUAGCAUGUAGGAAGAGGUUAUCCUCUACGGUAGAACUUUUGAAGAAGCCAAUUCUUCCGAAAAAAGCGAGAUCAGACGGAAAAGCAGGAACUUUUGUCGAUUACCGCCGAGUACGAUGCAUUGGUGGAAACGGUGGAGAUGGGAUGGUUUCGUUUUUCAGAGGUUAUCGGAAACCAUUCGGUGGCCCAGAUGGCGGUGAUGGUGGGAACGGAGGUCAUGUUCUGUUCAAAGCUAGUCUUCACGCAAAGGAUCUUUCACAUCUCCGAUCCAUAGAGAAGGCUAGAAAUGGCGAGUUUGGCGGAUCGAAGUCAUGUCACGGCAAAUCAGCUGAUCAUCUAGAGAUCCGGGUACCGAUUGGUACGCUCUUCAAAAACGAUGGCACCGUAGUGUUCGAACUAGUCAAUGAAGGCGAUAUUUUUGUCGGAGCACGCGGUGGUGCUGGUGGCCAUGGCAAUCAAUUUUACGUUUCCAAUGAAGUGCGAAAACCGUACAAAGCGGAGAUUGGUGGCAGGGGUGAAGAGGUUGUUUACGACGUAGAAAUGCGGGUGAUCGCUACAGCGGGUCCUCGUAGGAUUACCAAAUGCUGGAAAAUCCUCGCUGCUUCGCGCGAUUUCACGCGCCAAGCCGAAAGUCGCUUCGUAUCCAUUCACAACACUGAAACCACACAUCGGAUGGCGGAUAUUCCUGGACUCAUCGAGGGGGCGCAUGAGGAUCGCGGUCUUGGUGUAUCGUUUCUUAAACACAUUGAAAGAUGCAGGUGCCUAUUUUACGUAUUAGAUAUCACAUUAGGUGAUUUACGAGAGCAGUUUGAUUUGUUACGGGCUGAACUAGAAGAAUAUCAAAGUGGACUUUCCGAUCGGCCUACUGCUAUUGUUUUCAACAAAAUUGAUCUCGAUCCGACACAAAACAACGACUCCACUCGAAGUCUGUUUCCGGAGUAUCCGUCAUUUUUCGUCUCCGCCAAGAAAGGAACUGGUCUAGAAGAUUUACUAAUAUAUUUGAAGAGAAGAACAUGA